GCGGGACUGUCCCCGGGACAACCGCGGGGACAACCGCGGGCACAACGGCGGGGACUGUCCCGGGGAGCCUCGGGGACAACCGCCGGUCUCACCGGGCGGUCCCGGGGACAACGGCCGGCAGCUGACGCUGCGCCAUGACCGUGCAACGCCCGUCGUGGCCGCCGCUGUACUUCCCGCACUUCCACGGCUCCGAGGCGCUGCCGCGGGCGGCCGGCGGCGCCUGGGCCCCGCUGGCCGCGCUGUGCUGGCCGUGGCAGCCGCUGCCGGCCGCGGCCGGGCCGCCCCGCUACGCCGCGCUGCCCGCCCCCGUGGUGCCGGAGCCGCCGCGCCUCUGCUGCCCGCCGGGAGCGCCGCGGGCCGGGGAGCCGGCACGGCGGCCCCCGGGGCUGGCCCAGCUGCAGCUGCAGGAGGAGAUGUGCGAGCUGGGCAUCCGCCUCAAGGAGCUGGAGCUGGCGGCGCUCAUCGGCGACGGCUUCGACGCCAGGCAGUAUAAAAUUCUGAAGGCACUGGAAGAAAAGAAGAUACAAAGCAUGAAAGCAAUGCAGAACCUGAAGUAAUGUCUGCCAGCAUACUGAGGAUUAUUUCAGCUGGAUAUUUUGCCACUAUCACUGUGGAGUGUUUUAAUGGUUCUUCAAUAUUAGGUUUUUACUCACUAUGUGCUGUUCUCCUGCCACAUUAAAAAUAUAGCAUAUUGUUAACUUCUUUUCUGUAUUAUUUUUCUGGUAGGAGUUACUGAUAACACUACUGUGUGUUUUAACUUUUUUUUUUCUCCAAUUACUUUAUGCAGGAAGUAUAUAAUAUCUUCUUCAAAAACACUAGGAAGUUAAUACUGUUUUUGUCAGGAUUCCCAGCAGUCCAUAUCUGUAGCUGGGAAACACAGAAAUGGCAAUGUAAAAUAUGGUUGGGUUUUAUUUUGUUUUAGUUCUAAGUAUAUUAAGUGCAAUUUUGAGUAAAUAGGUAUGGCCAGAAGUCCUAAGCCUCUAAACCAGCUUAAAAAAAAUUACUUUCAUGGUAGCAUAAAAAUCUUUGUUACAAUCAUGGUGUAUUCCUUUAUAGUCUUUAGUGUACCACAAAAUCACAGAAGUUGUGGCUUGAGUUGAUUUUUAGCAGGGCAGUCACAUGACAUUGACUGUCAAGUGAAUUUUACUGUAAUUUUAGUAAUAACAGUGCGUAGGCUAAAGCCCGUGGCAGUUUUUGGAGUGACGACAUCCUGAUGUUUGGAAGACACGUCCUUUCAUGAGUAAAAAUGGGCAGGGGCAGGGACGGCAGAUUGAAGAUCUGGACAACAUUUAGCACUCAAAAAUAAUGCCACACCUUAAUUAAACACCACAAAGUAGUAUAUAGGCUCAUCAGACUGAUUAAAAAAACUAAUUACUUUUUCCUAUUCUGUUUCCAGAGCAGUAGGUGGCAGCACGAAAUAAUAAAGUUACCCACUCUGAAGCUGCACUAUUUUGGCAAAGAGCUUUAUUUUUAAGAGUAAUAUUUUAAUCUCUGUUUCUCUAAACUGUGUUCAAAUUGCUCAGCUGUGAAAUGUUUUAACACAAUACGAUAACAAAAUUUUAUUUCCUCUUACUGCU